CGUUGUUAAUGCGGAAUCAAAAGCUAGAAUGCAAUCACGGUAUUUUGCCAUUGUAGAUGUAAUACUAUUGUUUUUAUAUCAAAUGCAUUUGAUGGAAAGUCGUGGCAUCGAAUUUACUAAUAUAAACUGCACUACUCUGGAUAAAGAAUUUUGCGAUUUCGAAUAUUGUUAUCUGAAAGCAAUAAACCGUACCUAUAAGCCCUUGUCACUCAAGGUUCGGCUCUAUAAGACACCAGUUACUAAAUUUUCGAUUAAUAUCUAUUUUCAUAAGCGAUCAAAUGGUCUUAUGCCGAUUAGUCACAAUAUCACUGUUGAUGGCUGCAAGCUGAUAUCCGAGAUGAAAAACCCCUUGGUUUCAUUUCUGUUUGGUAUGUUUAAAGCGUACUCAAACAUUAACCAUGCAUGUCCGUAUGAUCAUGAUAUUAUUGUGGAUAAGUUGCCAACUCAAUUUGUAUACCAGCAGUUUACCGGACUUUGGAUCUUUCCUGAGGGCGAAUAUGUAUACGAUAGCAAUUGGAUAGCUUACGGAAAAAAUCGAGCCAACGUCAGGGUCCACAUAUCGUAUACGUAA